AUGGGCGUAUCUAAAUCAACACUUAGAGCUGAAGAGAUUGAAGAGUUGCAGAAUGCCUCAAAGGUUUUUUCACAAAAGGAGGUAAAGCGACUGUUCAAAAGAUUCAAGAGACUGGAUAAAGAGGAGAAGGGAACGAUCAAUGUAGAGGACUUUUCACAGAUACCAGAGCUAUCGAUGAACCCACUGUUGCCUCGAUUGAUAUCAAUCUUUGAUGUCAACAGAUCGGGCCAGCUCAACUUUGCACAGUUUGUAAAUACUCUAUCAGUCUUCCAUCCAAACGCUGAGAAGAUUGAUAAGAUCAAGUUAUUGUUUAAAGUAUAUGAUAUCAACAAUGAUGGAUUCGUCACCAAGCAGGAGAUACAGUCAGUGUUGAUGAUGAUGGUUGGAAAGAACUUGACACAAGAGCAGUUGGCAACCAUCGUUGAUGAGACUCUGCAAGAGGCCGACAGAGAGAACAGAGGAAAGUUGAACUUUGAUGAUUUCCAUGCCGUACGUAUGCCACCACCGAUGUAG